AUGGAUAAUGAGAAAAAUAUAGAGGAGAUGAUUGAAGACUUGACCACUACAGAAACUAAUUUGUCUAGUUCUGAUGGGGAUAAACCAGUGAAAGAAAGAAGAAAAGGGAAUGUAAGGAAGAAUAGAAAUGAUCGUCAAAUGCAAGACAAGGACAAGAGCAAGGAAAAUGACAAAGACAAUGAGAAAGACAAAGAAAAAGAGGGAUGUGAAAAUGAAAAAGGGAAUGGAAGACUAGAAAAGAAGCAAAGAAUUGGAAAGAAAACAUCUAGUGUUUGGGAUCAUUACACUAUGUUGCCAGAUUGUGAUCCCGGGAAGCCAAGGGCUACUUGCAAUUAUUGUGGUACCGAUUAUGCGGCAGAUACAAAGUUGAACGGGACCAGCACAUUAUGGGCGCAUGUGGAGAGAAAAUGUAAAAAAUAUCCUUUUAGUGACUGGGUUGAACAAAAUAAAAGGCAACAAUCUACUAUCGAUAUAUUUACUAAAAAGAAAAUAACAACUUGCAAUGAAGAAGAAGUUGCUUCAAGUGGGCUGCCAUUAAGAUUUAAUCAAAACCUAGUUCGGAAAGCAAUAGCCGAAUAUAUCAUCAUGGAUGAGUUACCUUUUCAGCACGUUGAUGGAAAAGGAUUUCAAAAGCUUAUCAGACUUUUUUUUUGA